CAACCGACUGCUUCUGCCUCAGCUAGCCACAGAUAGCCAGGCGACGCUAGCUAGGAGCUGCUAGCUACCUGCUAUCAUCAUAACAGAUCGAGCGCUUUGAUCCCUGUCACGUCAGGUAUCGACUCCACGUUGGCUUAGAUCACUGCCUGGUCUUCUGUCUGCCGAAGCGUCGGCCUGUGCAAGCAUGGAGCCUCUGGCAGUGGAUGAUGACAUCUGUAUUCUUAAACACGAAACAGCCUUCACCACCGCUGGCGAGAGCCCCGUGUCGGUGUGUGCUGGCGACGAAUCUGUUGCUUCCCACUUCGCCCUGGUCACAGCCUAUGAGGACAUCAAGAAGAGGCUGAGAGACACAGAGCGAGAGAACACCCUGCUGAGGAAGAGGGUUAAGCAGCUGGAGGAUAAGCUCUUCAGGCCAGAUGCGCCUCCAUCAGAGGGUCCCCAGUACGUGAACAAGGCUUUCAGUGCUUACAGAGGUAUCUAUAUAGAGAAGGAAGACCUGCAGCUGGAGCUUAACAAACUGAAAAAGGAGAAGAGCGAGACUGACAGGUUGUUUACGGAGCAGCUGCAGGCCAAAGAGUUGGAACUGCUUCAGCUGAGGACAGAGAUGGAGACCAGCCAAGUGAUGAAGAGCCUGAACAGCCCUCAAGACUACUGGCAGGUGGACCAGGUCAGCACCGAGCUGAAGAUCCAUAAACUGCAGGAGGAGCUGGAGAGAGUGACACUGGAAAACAGCAGACUGGUGGGGAGAAGUGGGGAGGAACCCCAAGGCCUGAAUGGACCAGACUUGGACAUGACUUGCGACGCAAAGUGUAAUGCAAGUGAGAGGGGCAUGCAGCAGAUGUGCCAGGAGAUGCACUGUGAGGUCACUCGUCUCCGCCUGGAGCUGAAGCACCAAUCAGGCCUGAUCAGGAAACUCAGGCCGUUGAUCGGCGAGAUAAGACAAGCUGGCUCAACAGUUCCAGUCCAGUGUCUGGAUGAUGUGGAAAAAAACCACCACCCAGUCCCUCGAGUGUCAGUGCCUCGUCCCCCUAGUGCCCCCCCACUCCCCUCGUGUUCUGGACGCCCCUGCCUCCCUGGUGGUGGCCCGCUGGGCCCCCUGCUGCCAGACAGCCUGAAGGAGGACUGCUGGUACAACGGGCCCUGGCCCUCCCAGAGCUGCUCGGGAGAGGCUCUGGUUGGGAACUCGGCUGGCCUUCCCCCGCCUCCCUUGAACCAAGCUUCCCUAGAUGAGAGCUCCAGGUCCUUCCCCAGUCCCCCCAAGCCCAGUGAUGCCGUGUUCUGGGAGGGACACUCAGCUGCAUCCAACUCCUCAUCCUUAAUGGGAAACUGCAGUCCCAGGAGCCCUCCAAACACUGAGUGGGCCAAGCCCUAUUGAGAGGGACUUUGAUGGGAUAAUAGGUGAUUAUUAAAUAGUUUGUAACUGGAUGGAUAAUUGAUGAAUGGAUGAAUGAAUGGACUCUGCAACCCUGCCACAUAGCUACCACCUAACCUGCCUUAAGUUAAUUAGACCACUCCUCUGGGCUGAGCUGGACCAGUUGUGGGAACUAACUGAAGCCAGAGGAAGCCUUCUCGAGGUCAAGACUAUGUAGACGUAUUGAUUUCCGUGCGCACUGCAUCGGUGAACAUACCUGACCGUGCAGAGGGAGAGUCGAGGACAGACCCUCCGUAGAAUCAAUAGUUUUUUUUGUGAGUAUAGUGUCCUUGUAUGCACAUGCAUAAGUGUGCGCAAGCAUGCAUACAAGCAAUUGAACUUCUGUGUGUCUAUGUACGCACAUCAAACAGAGCGUGCCUGUGUGUGCAGAUCAGUGCGCGGGCAUCUCUCGCCCGCCUGUUAUCUGUAUCCUGUCAUAAUGAACCCAAUAGGGCUUAAAGGGUCUCGUUCUCCAUUCACAGUGGCCAGUGAUCACCAGGGGCCACAGCUGGACACAUAGUAGUAGAGUUUGUAAAACUGCAUUUACUCAAAUGCAGGUCUUUUUACAUUUGAUCGCUGUAAAGUAAACAAGGAACCUAGUCCCAUGUCUGUGUCAUGGUUAAGUGGAAAAAGCGUUGAGGUCUGUGGACUUGGGUUUGUUCGUGUCUGUGCUGUGCUGGAGACAGACGAACACCUACCUGUUGGAUAAUCACUGAUUUUUGAUCCAAAUUUUAACUGCUACCAAAUAAACUCUUUUUCUCGAU